UCCCUCCCAGGACAGCUGAAAAGGGUCUCUGGGCCCCCAGGUGGGAGGGAGUUGGGGUGGGGGCUUUGACUGGACCCCUGAGUCCUAGAAAAGGAAGCGGCAAGGGAAGAGAUACCGGGGUUCCCGAAAAGCCUUGGGGCGUUCUGCGCCUCUGGCCCCCCGUAGGUCCCUGGGACCCGGUGUUCGGGUCGCCAGCCAUGGAGCGAUGCAGCCGCUGCCAUCGCCUCCUCCUGCUGGUACCGCUGGUGCUGGGGCUGAGCGUGGUCCCCGCCAGGGCAGGUACACCGCCUGUGGAUGUGCUCCGGGCCCUGAGGUUCCCCUCCCUUCCUGAUGGCGUCCGGAGGGCAAGAGGCAUCUGUCCAGCUGAUGUGGCCUACCGAGUAUCCCGUCCUGCCCAGCUCAGUGCACCCACCCGCCAGCUCUUCCCAGGAGGUUUUCCCAAAGAUUUCUCAUUGCUGACUGCUGUCCGGACCCGCCCUGGCCUCCAGGCUCCCCUCCUGACUCUCUACAGUGCCCAGGGUGUCCAACAGCUGGGCCUGGAGCUUGGCCGACCAUUCCGCUUCCUGUAUGAGGACCAGACUGGACAGCCUCAACCCCCAGCUCAGCCAGUCUUCAGAGGCCUCAGCCUAGCAGAUGGCAAGUGGCACCGUGUGGCUGUGGCUGUGAAGGGCCAGUCUGUCACCCUCAUAGUUGACUGCAAGAAGCGUGUCACCCGGCCUCUCCCCCGAAGUGCUCGCCCACUGUUGGACACUCAUGGAGUGAUUAUCUUUGGUGCCCGCAUCCUGGAUGAAGAAGUGUUUGAGGGUGACAUCCAGGAGCUUGUCAUUGCCCCAGGGGUGCAAGCUGCCUACGAAUCCUGUGAACAGAAGGAGCUGGAGUGUGAAGGAACUUGGAGGGAGAGACCUCAGAAACAACAGUCUCGCAGGGCCCAGAGAUCUCCAAAGCAGCAGCCAUCAAGACUUCAUAGGCCACAAAACCAGGAACCUCAGCGACAGGCUGCCCGUGGACCCCGGGGGCUGAAGGGAGAGAAGGGGGAGCCUGCGGUGCUGGAACCUGGUAUGCUAGUAGAGGGGCCUCCUGGCCCAGAAGGCCCUGCGGGGUUGAUUGGUCCCCCUGGCAUCCAGGGCAACCCAGGCCCAGUUGGAGACCCUGGUGAGAGGGGCCCCCCCUGGCCGAGCAGGGCUCCCUGGAUCGGAUGGGGCCCCUGGCCCUCCUGGCACAUCUCUUAUGCUUCCAUUCCGGUUUGGCAGUGGUGGGGGUGACAAGGGCCCUGUGGUGGCAGCCCAGGAGGCUCAGGCCCAGGCGAUUCUGCAGCAGGCACGGCUGGCGCUCCGGGGACCCCCUGGCCCCAUGGGAUACACAGGCCGCCCUGGACCCUUG